CUGAGUAAUGCCUCGCUCUCCUCCCCGUCCGAAUCUGAAGGGAUUUGGCCUCAUACAGGCCAACGUGAACCACUCCCCACAGGCUCAGGAUCUGCUCCAGCAGAGCAUGGUGGAGAGUGGAUUCACGUUGGCGAUCGUGUCCGAGCCCCACCGCCCCCCGAGAGACAGCCCAUAUUGGGCUGCUUAUAACGGGCGGGCGGGGGACUCGGUCGCGAUUCGGUGGCGGUCGGUGCCGGGUGGUCCCGACACGACCCCCAUCGAUAGAGGGGAGCGGCACGUUGCCGUCCAAUGGGGGCCCAUCGCGGUCGUUGGGGUCUACUUAAGGCCCACCAGACGCCCUGCUCUGUUUGAGGGCUGGCUGUCGGACGUGGGACGGACGUUAACACGUCUGAGUCCGAAGCCGGUCCUCGUAGCCGGGGACUUCAACGCGUGGCACACGAGUUGGGGUUUCCGGCGUGAUAACGAGAAGGGCAGGGUUCUGGCGAGUUGGGCGGCGGCGCACGGCCUGGUCCUCGCGAACGAGGGCCGGACCCCCACCUGCGUGCGGACGCAGGGGGAGUCCAUUGUGGAUAUCACAUGGGCUACCCCCUCGGCCGCGCGCUUGAUCACUGGAUGGAGGGUGGAGUAGGACAUCGAGACCUUGUCGGACCACCGAUACAUAUCGGUGGAGCUCGGUGUCCUCUCCUCCGUGCGUUGCCAAGUGGAGACGCGACCGCGAUGGGCCCUCCGGAAACUCUGCGAGGAUGCCCUGAGGGCCUCGAUAGAGGCCGCCUGUAGGGUCCGGGGAAGUUUCCCCGAGACCCGGGAGACGGACCCCCUGCAAGAGGCCGAGUGGAUCGGGACGACGCUUACAGCGGCGUGCAACGCCGCGAUGCCCCGGUCCAAGACUCGACCUCAGCGAGCCGUCUACUGGUGGACGGCAGAGAUCGCCGACUUGCGUCGACGAGCCGUCCACCAGCAGAGGAGACUCGCCCGCUGCAGGCGCAGAGGCGAACAGGCGGCCGAACGAGCCAGAGAGUGUUACCUUGACUCCAAGGUAGCCCUCAGGCGGGCCAUCAAGGUGGCAAAGGGCAGGGCGUGGACGGAGUUCCUCGACUCCCUUCAGAAGGAUCCGUGGGGGCGCCCAUGCAAGAUGG